AUGAAGAAUAAACAGUGGCUUUUUGUUUAUGCACUGGUCAUUGUUGCUUUCCUACCAGGACGGCAGCAAAUGGUCCUGAAAGAUUUAACAGAUGAGGCUAGGUGGCAAUCUUAUGAAACACAGAGUGCCCACAGUUUUACUUCCAAUGUCAAGCGACACUCUGAAGGCACCUUUACCAGUGAUUUUACCCGACACUUGGACAACAUGAAGGCCAAGGAUUUUGUACAUUGGCUCAUCAAUACCAAACGUUACAGCUCUACAAAGAGAUUCAUUAAAGAAAAACCUGACAUCUUAAGUGAUCCAUCUGGCUUUUUCUGGAUCAGAUAUGAUUAA